AUGAACGAUCACCUACAAGUAACAAAUACAUCAACAAUAACAGAAACAACAAAAGAUAAUACGAUAGAUCCACUACCUCAUCCUCCUUCUUCUCCUCCUCCUCCUCAAUCAACAACAACAACAACAACCACCACCAACAAAAAUGACAAACUACUAUCAAUGGCACCUCCUCCUACUCGUCUGCUCAACAACAACAACAACAAACAAGUAGUAAAAGAAAUUGCCCCAAACACCAUACAAAGUGAUAAAAAGUCUCAACAUACAUUUGCAACUCCUUCAAUUCUCACGAUGACAACAACAACAACAACUGCUACUGUUAUUACUCAUCAACCACCUAAUAAUAACAAUAAUAAUAAUGUUGAAUUAAUAUAUAAAGAACCAUCUUGGAGCAAAUCACCAAAGGAACAUUCACCUAGUAGUGAUUUAUUCCAACUUGAAGAGAUUAAAGGUGGUACUAUCAUUGACAAUAUCGAUAUCAAUGAUAAAGCUUUUCAUCUUGUUGGAAGACUUCCAAUAUGUGACAUCAUAAUGGAUAACCCUAGUAUUAGUAGACAACAUGCUGUAAUACAACAUAGACCAGAGGACAACCAACUAUUACUCUAUGAUCUCAAUAGUACUCAUGGUACAUUUAUCAACAAAAAGAAAUGCAACCCCAACCAUUAUCUUGCCAUUAAAGAUGGUGAUUUCAUAAAGUUUGGUGAAUCUUCUAGAAUAUUUGUUGUAAUUAAUCAUUCUCUUUUGUUAAAACAAAAACAACAACAACAACAAAAACAAAAACAACAAUCAUCAUCAAAAACAGAAUCUUUUGUUAAAUAUUAUAAUUCCUCCUCGUCAUCAUCAUCAUCAGAUAAUGAAGAAGGAAAUAGACAAAAAAUUCUUGCAUCAAGAAAGAGUGGUUGGGGAUCAGAUGAUAGAUUCGAUGCAAAAGAAGAGGAAGGAGAUGAAGAAGAAGGCAAAGGUUUUAACCAAAGUAAUAGCGCAGUACAAUACGAUAAAGAUAAUUAUGACUAUGAUGAUAGUGAUGAUUUCUAUGAUAGAACAAACAAGAAGAAAUCAACCAACCAACAAAACAAAAUGCCCACCAACACUGCUGCUGCUGGAAAUCUUAAACAACUUUUAUAUACGCAACUUGUCACUAAAAUGGAAUCAUUGAAGGAAGAAGAAGAAGAUUCUUUGGAUAAAUUUAUGAAUGAUAAUCAACAGUCAAUGACAAAAAUAGUUCAACAACAAUUGACAUCACAAAUAAUAGAUGUAGAUAACCAAAUGAACUCACUACAAAAAGAAAUACAAUCAAGACCAGAAUCUAAACUGUGUUCAUUACCACCAACAACAACAACAAGCGCUACUACUACUACUACAAAUCUCCAAGCUCAUCCUCAACAAGAAGAGGAAAAGAACCAAUUAAAGAGAGAUCAUCAUGAUGGAAAAGAGGAUGGCACAAACAACUUGGACACUGACCAACCAAAACAAGACCCUCCGAAAAGAAUCAAAGUAGAAAAUGGAAACAAAGAAUCCAGGACCUACCCCCUUCUAGUUCGACAACCAACCAAAGUCGCCUCCACUUUUGAAAAUGAAGAAAAUGAGGUUGUAGAUCUUAUUGAGAGAGAAAAUCAAUUAUCUGCAAGUGAUACCCUGAAAAGCAAACUUGGAUAUUAA